GUACGCCACAGAGAAAACACACGAGUCAAACGCAUUCGCCAACUCGGCCAAAACAUCCCUGUGAAUUUGUUGUGAAGGUGCGGAAGGAUUCGAGCGCGGCAUAAACAAUGGCUUCCGCUACUGCUUCCAUCUCGUCGCACUCCAUCGCCCCACGCGAUCUCAAAGCCGUGAGGAUUGGAGCCGUGAGGCAGCAGGUGGCCGUGGUUCCAUCCGCCCUGGCGGCGAAGAGCCAGCGCGCUAGGGCGGUGCGGCCGCUGCGCGCGGCGGAGCCGGCGAGGAAGCCGGUUUCUGCCUCUGCUGCCGCAGCGCCGGUGGCGCCGGUGGAGGAGGAGGUGUCCGACGCGGCGGCCGUGGACUACGAGGCCCUGGCGCAGGAGCUGGUGGGCGCGUCGCCGCUGGAGAUCAUGGAUCGGGCGCUCGACCUCUUCGGAUCCGAAAUCGCCAUCGCCUUCAGCGGUGCGGAGGACGUUGCGCUGAUCGAGUACGCGAAGCUGACAGGGCGGCCCUUCAGGGUGUUCAGCCUGGACACAGGGCGCCUGAACCCGGAGACGUACCAGCUGUUCGACAAGGUGGAGAAACACUACGGCAUCCACAUCGAGUACACCUUCCCGGAGGCCGGCGAGGUGCAGGACCUGGUGAGGAGCAAGGGCCUCUUCUCCUUCUACGAGGACGGCCACCAGGAGUGCUGCAGGGUGAGGAAGGUGCGGCCACUGAGGAAAGCCCUCAAGGGUCUCAAGGCCUGGAUCACCGGCCAGAGGAAGGACCAGUCCCCUGGCACCAGGGCCAGCAUCCCUGUUGUUCAGGUUGAUCCUUCUUUUGAAGGGCUGGAUGGUGGAGCUGGUAGCUUGAUUAAGUGGAACCCUGUUGCCAAUGUGGAGGGCAAGGACGUGUGGACCUUCCUCAGGACCAUGGAUGUCCCUGUGAACGCCCUGCAUGCUCAAGGAUACGUCUCCAUUGGAUGCGAGCCCUGCACCAGGCCCGUCUUGCCGGGGCAGCAUGAGAGGGAAGGGCGGUGGUGGUGGGAGGAUGCGGCUGCCAAGGAGUGCGGCCUCCACAAGGGCAACAUCGAGAAGGACGGCGCACCCAAGGUCGGUGUCAACGGCAAUGGCUCGGCGGAGGCCAGCGCUCCGGACAUCUUCCAGAGCCAGGCUAUCGUCAACCUCACCCGGCCAGGGAUUGAGAACCUCUUGCGGCUCGAGAACCGCACAGAGCCGUGGCUCACUGUCCUCUACGCUCCCUGGUGCCCGUUCUGUCAGGCGAUGGAGGCGUCGUACGUCGAGCUCGCCGAGAAGCUGAGCGGUUCAGGCAUCAAGGUUGCCAAGUUCCGCGCUGACGGCGAGCAGAAGCCGUUCGCGCAGGCGGAGCUGCAGCUACAGAGCUUCCCGACGAUCCUCCUCUUCCCCAGCCGCACCGCGAGGCCCAUCAAGUACCCAUCCGAGAAGAGGGACGUCGACUCGCUCCUCGCCUUCGUCAACAGCCUCAGAUAGGGUGGUCGGGGAACCGGAGAACCAUCGUUCUCUGCAUUGUACUGUACUGGCGGCGUCUAGUAGGCACUGUAUAAGCAAGAGAACGGUUCAAAAUAUCAAACGAAAUGUUGUAGACAGGGUGGGGAGGCAGGGACAGCGUCAAAAUGAAAGCUCCUCCAUUAUAAAGGGCUGGGAUUUGUGUGUAGCUGUAGUUAGCAAUAAGGAGAGAUUUGUAAGGGUUUGAA